GUACAGCCACUAGCUGCUUUCUUCCUAUCCCCAUCUUUGUCAAAUUUCCUUUCCUUUUCCAAUUACUUUUUCUUUAGUAGACAUGGACGCAAUUCUUCCUUCCUUUCCCCUUCCCCUAUAUUCUUCCUUUAUCUCUCUUUCACAAUAAUAGCACCAUGCCUGUAGCUUGAUGCUUAGACGGGUGCACACGCACUCUCACUCACCCAGCUAGAAUAUAUAUAUAUUAUAUAUUCAUAGUUAGCAGAAAUACUUAUCAUAUACCAAAAACCAGACAAAUACAUUGUAUCAAGUGCUGUCAUACUCAAGCAAAAGAAAGAAAAGAACAAGAUAUAGUACUACUGUUUUCAUCACCAUUUUGGUCAAUCAUGAUGAUUCUGAACAAAGAUAUAGUACUAGCUAGGUAGAAAAUAAAUCUACUAACUUUAAUUUUCUUAUUGCAGCUAGCUUGCUUGCUUAAUUAGCAGCAAAAUCAAAAGAGGCUUUAGCUGUGUUUAUACUGUCUUUCUCAAGAUCUAGACCCACCACUUAGACCAUCUCAAGCUACAGCUACUGCGCAAAUGUAUCCUCCAAGCAACAAUAACUGCAACUACAGCCCAAUUUUGUCUUCUUUCAUAUGCCAAAAUAUUCCAUCUUCUCCUUGUAUGCAAUACGAACACGAACUAUACUUUCAAAACUUCAAUCAUGAUGACCAAUAUUAUUUUCAACUACAGCAACAAGUUCCCUUGAUAGAUGACUUGAGUCCUCACGUCUUAGCUGACAGCUGCACUGAGACUGUUACUAAGCCUUCAAAUUGCAAUCACGUACUAGAAGGAAUGGAAGAAGGCCGAGGCGGAAACAAAGGAGAUGAUGUUAUGAGUAGCAGAAUUAGUAUUAUUAGUGGACGGAUCUCGAAAAACAAUAAGAGAUCUUCCAAUAAGGAUCGACACAGCAAGAUCAACACGGCUCGUGGUCCAAGAGAUCGAAGGAUGCGACUUUCACUUGAUGCUGCUCGCAAGUUUUUCCGUUUGCAGGACUUACUGGGAUUUGAUAAGGCCAGCAAAACUGUAGAAUGGUUGCUUACUCAAUCAGAUUCCGCAAUUGAAGAGCUCGUCGCCGUUAAAGGCAAUGAUGCUCAGGUUCCUCAGCAAACUAGCUGCAAUACCCCCACUACUACUACUGGAAUUGGUGCAAUUUGUGCAUCUAAUUCUAUUUCUGAGUCAUGUGAAGUUAUAUCAGGAACUGAUGAAACUUCCUCUAAUGACAAAAACAAGGAAACUACUGCUAAAGAUGAGAAGGAGAAAAAGAAGAAGCCGGUUAACACAGCUCGUAGAGCUGCGUUUGAACCUCUUACAAAGGAAUCAAGGAAUCAAGCAAGAGCCAGGGCUAGAGAGAGAACAAAAUCAAAGAAAAUGAGCCAAGUUGGAAAAUCCAAAUCCCCAGCUCAUGAUUUGAACCCUUCAGGAUCUCGGAAGCCGGCUAAUAGAACUUGUGAAGAACCUGGAACACAUGAACAACACAGCUUCCAUCAUGUUGAUGACAGUAAUUUUGUGGUUAAUGGAAAUUGGAAUCCAUUUACAAUCUUCAGCUCUCAUGAACAAUAUGCUGGAAUUUCCAAUGAGCAUCAAUUAGUUACAGACUUGCAAUUUUAUGGAAAGCUGUGGGAAAGCUAGGGCAAGGAAAUUCGAAGCGGACAAAGUUCCUUCUUCAUUUUGUGCUUACUCGGCGGAGCAGAAGAACGUUUCCGGCCUGUAUCUGUUGGUAAAUGUAACAUACAUUUCUACUUUUUAAGUGUGUUUUUCUUUUGUGAAAGAACUUCAUGUGCACAUAGCCUAUGUUUUUUUUUUUUUUUUGAAUAAAACUAUGAUGGAGUUCAUUAAGC